GUUUUUUUCAAAACAAAAACUCCUCAUAAAAAUUAUUAUUAAGUUUUCGCUAUGAAAGGCAAAACUCUUGGCUCUCAAUCACAGGGCUUGGUACUACCCUUGCUGAAUUAUUUUCAACAAGAAAAGGAUAAUGGAGGGCCUCUAUUACCAUUGUUAGCUGUCCAAGAGAGGGUGGCUCAGGCACUAAGUAUCAGUUUGUCCACUAUUACCAGAAUACAGCGCCGUUUAUCAUCUAAUGAGAAUGUCCUAAGAUCACCUGGAAAGAAGAGACCCAGUCUAAGACAACAGAUUUAUCUGAUGCAGUCAGGCAUAAUAUACGAGAUACAGUGUAUCAAAUGCAUAGUGAAAAGAAACAUGUCACAAUAGCAAAUUUGAAUAAAACGCUUAAAGAGAAAGAGCUUGCUUCUAUCAGCAAUAGCUCUUUACAAAGGGUGCUGCCCACCAUAGGCUUUAAAUAUAAAAAAGAUUAUUAUUAUUAUUAUGAUAAUUGAG